CGUAGAUUCAAAAUUUCCAUUCAUGAAGAAGCUCACAAUCAUUUGAAAAAUUCUUGUGCAUUUAAUAAGUAGUCAAGUACCUACCAGACGUUCAUUUUUGACAUCGUUUUAGUACCUUGCAUUCAAUAUGAAAAGUGUUCGGUGUAUUAUACGAGUAUUGUUUUUGGAAGUUUUAAUUAGUUUAUCUCUAUCGAAGAAAAUAAUUCCAAAUACGAAUCAAGAGACUGUUCAAAAUGGACUACUGAAUUUCGGAAUUAAAUUGAAUUCCAUUCUAUUGGAAAAUAAUGGUGAAAACAAAAAUAUUCUGUUUUCUCCGUACAACCUUUACACAGCGCUGGCUCUAGUUCAUCUCGGUAGCGAUGGAACUACACGCGAUGCAAUUUCUAAUGUUUUGAACAUCCCCAUCACUUUUUCGCCAGAAAGUUUACAAGAAGUAUUGCAAAACUUCUCAUCAGUUUUGCAAAUAAAUCCGAAUAAGACUUACAUAACUGGUGGUACAUUUCGCGAUGGGUCAAGGAUACCAGUACCCGUAUGGUCAACUGUAAAAGCAUCUGAUUUGAAGCUGGCCAAUGGAAUCUUCGUUCAAAAUGAAUACCGCAGCAAGCUGAAGAAAAAGUACGUCGAAGAUGUCCAACUAUAUCAAAAGAGUGAUAUUUUCAAUGUUGAUUUCGCCAGGAAGGGAGAAGAAGCGAAAGAUACGAUUAAUAAGUACAUCAGUAAUAAGACUGAAAACAAGAUACCUCGAUUACUCGAACAACCUCUACCAAAAGACACCUCAGUAGUCUUGGCUAGUUGCUUGUAUUUUAAAUCAGCCUGGCAACAGAAAUUCAAUCGUGAUAAGACUAAAGCGGAAACGUUCCGAACAGACAAAGGCAAUGUUACAGCACAAAUGAUGCGCGCUUUACUAUCCAAUACAGGAUACGUCCGCGUACCGUCACUAGGCGUACAAGUUGUCCAGUUAAGAUAUAUCGAUGAUGCAUUUUCCAUGUUUAUAGGGCUGCCUAAUGAAAAUCAAUCCCUACAAAAAGUUUUACGCAAGUUGACCUCCGCUAAGAUCCACAAAAUAAUUGGUGAAGCCGGUCAAAGCCAAAAUGACUACAAGAUAGAUUUAAAAUUGCCUCGAACGGCUUUCAAAUGGUCUAAAUCCAUUAAAAACGAUCUUAUUGAACUCGGACUCGAAGAAGAAAUUUGGGAGUCACCUGAUUUGAGUAAUAUGAUCGAGCAGAGUAAUACAAAAAUUAGUGACAUUGGUCACGGCACUGAUAUUGAAAUUAACGAAGAUGGCACCGAAGCUAGCGCCGUUUCGAUCAUUAUACACGUACCAGUAAAACGGAAGAUCGUCCAGACAUUCCAUGUGAAUAGACCUUUCUUCUUUUUCAUUUAUAAUCGUAAUAUUAACACGAUCAUGUUCUUUGGUACAGUGUUUGAUCCGAAUAGUACCUAAAUAUAGCACUUCUUUGAAGAGGGCAUGUAGGUUCCUAAUAAUUUUUUUUUGAAAUAUUUGUCGUAUUGGUGUGAUUAUUAAUUAAUUAUUUUUAAAAAUAAUUUAGUUUUUCAAGUACAUAUGUGACUAGAUACCUAUCUAACCAUCGUUUUAUUAAAGAGAAUAAUUUCAUUUUAUCUUGAAAUGUUGAGCGUUUCCUGCGCAAAAUUGAAAUUUGAGAUUAUCAAAUUUUAAUGACGUCGUACUUGAUAAGUUUGAAUUUUCCAAGUAUUUUCUCUAAGACUAGACUUCGUUAACAGAUUUGUUCGGACAAGAAAACUUCUCAGUCAUGAUUAUUUAACUAAAAGGAUCAUAAUUAUAUUAAUUAUUACUUACUUGUAGCAAAAUGUGAAUAACAAUCACAUUUAGAGGCUCAGUUGGAUGGCUCUAGAAUAGCUUGAAAACUCCUCCAAUUGACUCAGCACGUGCAAUGGUGUAUAAUAAACAAUAAUCAAAUAAUAAAAAAAGUAAAGUCACAAAAAUCUCAAUCUUCAAAAUUUUAAGUAAUUAAUUUUUUGAGAAAAAUAAAAACAGAUCUGAUUUGACGAAAAUUCGUGAUUGAGAAGUAAGCUCAAAUUGAUAGGGGGAGGGGGACGGCGAAUAGACUGAAUUCGAAUCUGAAGGAGCAGAAUUUCAUUAGUAACUUACUACAGUAUUUUUUUCUCAAACACGAUUUAAAUUUUUUUAAUGUUCGAAAAAUUGCACAGAUUGGCAAAACGAUUCAAAUGUCAAUAUGAUUAUUCGAAAAACACACAUUUUUGGCCACAUUUGAAUUAAAACUGCAUUUAGAGAUGAAAUUUUGAAAAAAGUGCGGAUAAUGGUGUUUUUGAGGCUGAAAUUUAUUCAAAAAAUACCUACAUCGAAAUCCCAAUACGUGCGAUUAGGAUGUUACCACAAGAGAAAUUUUUUUUCUGGGUGAUAUUUUCAACUUACAAAUCUUUUUGAAAGCUACUUUCGAUUUGAUCGAGAAAAGGUGUGAUUUUGAGUCCUAUUUUUUCCCCAAAAUAAUACCCUAAAAUCUCAAAUUGUGUGAUUGGGCAGAUGCUUUGAGAAUCAUUCACUGUAAUUGUGCUUUAAAAGCCACUUUUGAUAUGGCCUUUGAUAGGGUGUUUGCAGCAUUAUUUCAAAAAAUGGGAGUCCCAAAAAAAGUGUCCUCUCCCUCGUUGUUAUCAAAUUUGUUAGGAAUCCGAUAAAGAAGCGAAAAAUGACCCAUUCGAGCUCUAUGCUUUGGUGAAAAAAAGUAGCCAAAAGGGUCCAAGAGGUUUCCUGCUGAGUUCGAAUAUUCACUCGGUUUUGAAAAGUUCAUUUUUUUGACUCGACUUCUUACAAAGGUGAUAUCCCAGCUAGAGCAAAAAUGUCAAUAUUGAACAACGGAAAAUUAAAAGAGGAUCCUAAAAUACACCGAGAAAAUUUCAAGUUAAAAAAAUCUACUGGAUGCUCCAGUAAUUUUCAAAAAGUCGCUGGAGGCUCCAAAAUGACUUGAACUCACCUGAAGUCGUCUUCAGAGGGUGUUAAAAUUGGAGUGCAUAGUUGAUUUCAGCUUUCCAUCUCCAUUUGACGAAAUUUUGGGCAAAUUUCAAGUUUCAAAAAUCCACUGGAGGAUCCCGUAAUUUUCAAAAAGUCGCUGGAGGCUCCAAAAUGACUUGAACUCACCUGAAGUCGUCUUCAGAGGGUGUUAAAAUUGGAGUGCAUAGUUUAUUUCAGCUUUCCAUCUCCAUUUGAUGAAAUUUUGGGCAAAUCAAAUUUCAAAAAUCCACUGGAGGAUCCCGUAAUUUUAAAAAAAUUGCUGGGGGCUCUAAAACGACUUGAAAUUUACCUGCAGUCAACUUCAUAGCGUAUUGAAAUUAGUUUGUAGAAUUAAUUUCGGCUUUCCAACUCCAUUUUUGAUGAAAUUUUGUGGGAAUUUCGAGCUUCAAAAAUCUGCUGGAGGCUCCAGAACUGCUCAAAACGGUUUGAAACAGUUUCCAAUCGAUUUGGCAGGUCGAAAAUAGCGUAUAUCCCAUAUUUCAGCUUACUAUGUCAAUUUUGUAAUAUUUUGAUUUUUUUAUCACAUUUUGGCCAAAAUUUGAUUUUUGAAAAUUCACCAAAAAUCGAAAAAGGCACUUUAGCAUUUGAAAUUUUGGCAGGUGAUGAAUUUUUGCCUGCUCUUUCGAUCUACCUUUGUACGGUUUAAAAAUUUUUAUGCUAGUCCUAUGUUGGAACGCAAAGUCUGCGAUUUCAGCUGACCUUCCAAUCAAAAUGGCCGCCAUUUAGUAAGUAGGGCCACUGUUUUUUGAGGACAAGAUCUAGAAAUGUUCCUUAGGACUCUCCCUUUAAGAAAGAAGUUGUACCGGAGGAUGGCAGGGGGUGCAAUUGAUCCUUAUGUGAGUCCCCCUGACUAUCAACACAAAUUUCAGGCGUUGAAAUGCAUUUCUCAAUUUUUAGCGAAUUUUUAAAAUUCAAAAUUUGGUCAAUUUCAUAUGAAAAAAAUUGAAACUUGAUUUACAUCCUAUGCUCGACAUUCAGAGUAAAUUAGUCGUGGUUUUGAGUUAUUCAGCAGCAUCUAGCAGAUCUUCAGGGUUUCCAGUUUUCAAAAAAAUGCCAUAAAUAGGAUCAAAAUGAAAUUCAACCCUUAUAAACUCGAAUUUACCGUACUUGUGACCCUUUUGACUGACUGGAGCGCAUAUUUUCAAAAUUAGCUUGUGCCAGUCCAAAUUCAAAAUUUUCUCCUCUGGUUAUUUUUGAAAAAAAAAUGAAUAGAACGUUUAAUAGAAAAAUACUCAAAUGGAUAUUUUUAACCUCCCGAGUAUUAAAUCCAAGAUUACUGAAUUUCAGUUUGAACCCAUUUAUCAUUUUUUUUUUUUUGAAAACAGGAGAAUUUAAAAAUCGGUCUCGGGCUCCAGAACAACUCAACACCACAACAAGUCGACUGGGGAGGUCAAAAAAUAAGAUGCAAACCAAAUUUCAGCUUUUUUUGUUCACUCGUUCGCGAACUGUAACAUCUGAAUCAUAUUUGGCUCCAAAACUGGUCAUUUUUUUCAUUCCAGUUGAAAAAAACCAAUAGUUGCCUCUCCUUCCCUUCUCAAAAAAAAGUAAUCACAAAUUACAGCAUUUAAAAAAUAUCAAAACACGAAUAAAAAUUUCUACAAACGA